CACUUCUCAUUUCAACCCCCCUGCUUCGUUUCAUCCUCUGCCGGCCUGCCCUCUCCCCGUGCGGGCUGCUCCCCAUCCCAUGGAGCCCGACGCCGCCCAAAACCCUAGCCCCGUCCCGCCGCCCAUCUCCGCCUACUACCAGACGCGCGCGGAGCACCACGCCGUCGUCUCCAGCGACUGGCUCGCGCACGCGGCCGCCGCCGCCGCCGCCUUCCCGGGCGCCGAUGCCGCCGACGCGGCCGCCCAGCCGCCCACGCCGUCGUCCCCCGGGGCCGCCGGCGGCGUCAUCGAGGAGUUCAACUUCUGGCGCCGCAAGCCCGAGGCCGCGGAGGCGGUGGCCGCCAUCAUGGCGCUCGCCGCCGUCAUCCGCUCCAGCAGGGCCACCACCAUGAUGGAGCUCGAGAUCGAGCUCAAGAAGGCGUCUGAUAAGCUCAAGGUUGAUAGCUCGGGCCGAUUUCACCUUCUCGGAUGCUCCUCCUGGGAUGCUACAUCCAUUUCUCUUUCUGCUGCUUGUGAUUUGUUCAUGCGGUUUGUAACAAGGACCUCACAUCUGGAGCAUGAGAAAUUUGAUGCAGCAAAGUCACGCCUAAUUGAGCGAGGAGAAAAAUUUGGAGAGAUAUCUUUAAAGGCUCGCAAGACAAUUGCAAUGCUUAGCCAGGAUUUCAUUUAUGAUGGGUGUACUAUACUUGUCCAUGGGUAUUCCAGGGUAGUAUUGGAAGUUCUAAAGCUUGCUGCAUCCAAUCGCAAGCUCUUCCGGGUACUGUGCACAGAGGGCAGGCCAGACAGAACUGGUUUAAGAAUGUCAAAUGAACUUGCAGCAUUAGGCAUCCCUGUUAAGGUUCUAAUUGAUUCAGCUGUUGCUUAUUCUAUGGAUGAAGUUGACAUGGUAUUUGUUGGUGCCGAUGGGGUUGUUGAGAGUGGAGGCAUAAUCAAUAUGAUGGGCACUUAUCAGAUAGCUCUUGUGGCUCAUAGUAUGAACAAACCUGUUUAUGUGGCAGCUGAAAGUUACAAGUUUGCUCGGCUAUAUCCCUUGGAUCAAAAGGACAUGACACCAGCUCACCGACCAAUAGAUUUUGGAGUCCCAGUACCCACUGGUGUGGAAGUGGAGACGUCUGCAAGAGACUACACACCUCCCCAAUAUCUCACACUUCUCCUGACAGAUCUUGGUGUUCUGACGCCUUCUGUUGUUAGUGAUGAGCUCAUCCAAUUGUAUCUAUGAUCUUUGCUGUGGAUGCUGUUGUUUCAAUGGCAUGUAACAUACUGCAGUUGAAUCCAGGGCUGAAUGGGGCUAUGAUGUAUGCUUGCCUUAAUGGGGCUGAUGCGAUGUUAACAGUUUUGUCAGAGCUUAAGGUGCAAUCAUUGAUGUGAAUCUGCCCCCAGACCAUUUUCAGUAAUAAAUCUAUUUGCAGGACGCACUCUUAUCAAAAUUAUGGAUCUCUUAAACAGUAAUAAAGCAUUUAUAAUAA